AUGGUCUCACCUCUUCCAACAAUCUGCGUCCUCGGGUCGCUGAACAUCGACCUUGUCUACUACAUCCCCCACCACCCUUUACCUGGCGAAACACUCACGUCAAGUCACUCUGAUGUCUCUCCCGGAGGUAAAGGUGCCAAUCAAGCGGUAGCUUGCGCGAAACUGUCGAGAUCUCGUACGUUAGAAGACGCAAGCAUCAAAGUGGUCAUGAGUGGCGCCGUCGGCGCAGAUGCUCAUGGCUCGACCUUAGCGAACAGCCUCCAAUCGUAUGGUGUCGAUACCUCGGAGGUUGUGUGCAGACAAAGUCACACCGAGCACUCGACGACUGGCAAUGCCAUCGUCAUGGUGGACGAACGCACUGGUCAGAACCGGAUCAUUAUCACUCCUGGUGCCAACGCCUCUCUGCGACCUGAAAGUGUCACCAAUCUUGCCAACCUGAAACCCUCCCUGUUGGUCAUGCAACUAGAGAUCCCUCUCGACACUGUCUUGCAGGCGUUGGUAACAGCUAAAUCGGCGGGGAUUCCGGUUCUCUUGAACCCAGCUCCAGCAAUCCAACUUCCAGAGGAAGCAUACGAUGGAUUGACACACCUGAUCCUGAACGAGACCGAAGUGGCUUUGCUUGCACAAGUGGAGGAGGCUGAACUUGAGGAUCUCAACAUGGUGGAGAAAACUGCUUCAAAGUUUUUGGCAAAGGGCGUUCAAAAUCUCGUCAUAACACUUGGAGCAAGAGGUGCUUACUACAUGAGCAAGAAAGGGCAGAAAGGUUUUGUGCCAGCNGCAAAGGUCGAUGUAGUGGAUACAACUGCUGCUGGUGAUACCUUCAUCGGCAUGUAUUCGGUACUUGUCGUUGAGGCAUCUUCUCGCAAUCUGGAGUUUGACAUUUGUGCCGCUGUCACCAAGAGCACAUUUGCUUCUGCCAAGACGGUAUCCAGAAAGGGAGCGCAGAUUUCGAUACCGUGGAAGGAUGAGCUGAUCUUGACAUGA